GUCCACACCAGCGGAAAAUAGUAGUAAUAAUCCCCGCGUCGCGUGCGCGUGCGAUGCUUUCGCGCCGGCGUCGGCCACGGGUGGUGCAGUGAUGGUGGGCUUCUUCCGCAGCGGCAACCUUGCCUCGAGGGUGUUCGACCGGCAGUUCCUCUCUCCGCGCCCCGGCGCAACCGUUAAUACUGUCAGACAAUUCUAUGAGAAUUUGGUUCCGAGUUACACUAUAUACGACAUAAAUUGCCCAGAUUAUUCGUUUCGCAAGUUCACUGAUGAUGGGAAGUAUCUUGUGGCUUUUAGUCGAAACCACCAAGAUUUGAUUGUGUACCGUCCAAUCUGGUUAACGUUUUCAUGCCAUGAAGAAUGUGAUUCUCAUGAUCUUCCGGCCAAUGCAGAGAGAUUUGACAGUUUCUUUAAGCAGCUCUACUCCAUCUCACUUGCAUCCAGCAAUGAGUACAUCUGUAAGGACUUUUUCCUUUACAUGGAGUGCCAUCAAUAUGGCUUAUUUGCAACGUCAACUGCACAAAGUAAUGACUCAAGUGUCACUGAGGGUGCAAUUCAUGGUGUACCAUCAAUUGAGAAAAUAACUUUCUAUCUUGUAAGGCUAGAAGAUGGUGCAAUACUAGACGAGAAAGCUUUCUGCAACGAUUUUAUCAAUUUGGCUCAUAGUAUUGGUGCUUACUUGUAUGAGGAUCUGGUUUGCAUUGUCUCUCUUCGAUAUCAAACAAUACAUGUCCUACAAAUUCGAGAUUCAGGCAGCCUUGUUGAGGUACGGAGAAUUGGUGCAUUUUGCCGGGAAGAUGACGAACUAUUUCUUUAUUCACAUGGCCAGGCUGAACAAGGGAGUUCUUUUCUUCCUGGCAUCAAGCAACGGUUGCUAUCAUUUAUUUUCCGCAAGACAUGGAAUGAGGAACCUGAUCAGGCUUUGAGGGUCCAGCAUCUGAAGAAGAAAUUUUAUUUUCACUUUCAAGACUAUGUGGAUCUUAUCAUAUGGAAGGUACAGUUUUUGGAUCGCCAUCACCUAUUUAUCAAGUUUGGUAGUGUCGAUGGAGGGGUUACUCGUAGCACUGAUCAAAACCUAGCAUUCUUUGCUGUGUACAACAUGGAGACGACAGAGAUUGUCUCACUCUAUCAGAAUUCUUCGGAGGAGCUAUAUUCAUUGUUUGAACAUUAUUAUGAUCAUUUCCAUGCAAAUCCUCAAAAUUCUUUGCAUGAGAAAUUUAUCUCAUCACAUUCCAAUAGUGUUCAUGCUCUUGAUCAACUCCGCACCAUUAAAAAUAAAGCAAGCAGCUCAUCACAGCAGUUUGUGAAAAAGAUGAUGGCGUCAUUGCCUUACACUUGCCAAUCACAAAGUCCUUCACCAUACUUUGACCUGUCGAUUUUUCGUUAUGAUGAGAAGCUGAUUUCAGCGAUUGAUCGGCAUAGGCAUUGCACAGAGCAUCCGAUAAAAUUUAUAUCAGUGAGGCAACCAAAUGUCGUCAAAUUUAAGAUAAAACCAGGGUCAGAUUCUGGUGCUUCCGACAGCCGAGCAAAAAGAAUCUCUUCCUUCUUGUUUCACCCAUAUUUCCCGCUUGCACUGUCGAUUCAGCAGACAUAUAUGCAGCCAACUGUUGUCAAUAUACAUUUCAGGAGAUAGAAAAAAAUAGUCGUUGCCUCUGUGUUUGGCCCAAUAGAAAUUUUGGUCAUAUGUAGUAGAUGUUUUAUCGGCUGAUCUUACUAUAUAGGAGAAAAAGAAGUGGUUUUUGCUGCCUGUUCACGUGUUCAUACCGAAAUAACCAUUUUAUAGGGUAUCAAAUGUUAAUGUUGGAAGAUAAAUGUUCAGAAGGAAUUUUUGUUCGAUCA